CUGCGGAACCUCUGAAGAGGCAGUUCAGCCGGACUGUGGAGUAAAGGCGCUUCUCCGCGGACUGAGAGCUGCUGCUGCUGCUGAGUUUCCUCGCGCCUGUCUGCAGCAGCUCGGCCGGACCUCGCGUGUGAGUUGAACACGGAGGGUGUUCUGAUCUUCCCGGCGCUCGUGCACUGCGUCGUCUCCCGCUGUGAGUGCUGGGGACUGCUGCGCUCCUACCGGGAGCACCGUGAACCGGGAGUCUGUUGUCAUGGCUACUGAGGACGCCAUCUCCGUGAGCUCUGUGUGAACCAAAUGAAAAUAUUCUCCUGAAAUUCAUCACCAACAACCAGGAUAUUUAACUAAGAGCAAUGUUAAACUGCUGAAAGAGGUGAAGCAAAAGCCAUCCAGAAGAAUCUCCAGAACACGCAGAAACAGUUUGCUACAUUUAACAGACAAAUGAAGCCAAGUCCCAACAUGGAGAAACAGCAGCACUCUGUCAAGAGUUUAACUAAACAGAGUAAUCUCAAAAAACACCAGCGCAUUCACACAGGAGAGAAACCGUAUCACUGCUCAGACUGUGGGAAGAGUUUUAAUCAACAGAGUCAUCUCAAACUGCAUCAGCGCAUUCACACAGGAGAGAAAACGUAUUGCUACUCAGACUGUGGGAAGAGUUUUACUGCACAGAAUAAUCUCAAAAUACACCAGCGCAUUAACACAGGACAAAAACCGUAUUGGUGCUCAGACUGUGGAAAGAGUUUUACUGCACAGCAUAAUCUCAAAAUACACCAGCGCAUUCACACAGGAGAGAAACCGUAUCACUGCGCAGACUGUGGGAAGAGUUUUACUGAACAGUGUACUCUCAAAAAACACCAGCGCAUUCACACAGGAGAGAAACCAUACUACUGCUCAGACUGUGGGAAGAGUUUUACUGAAAAGAGUAGUCUCAAAAAUCACCAGCGCAUUCAUACAGGAGAGAAACCGUAUCACUGCUCAGACUGUGGGAAGAAUUUUACUGAACAGAGUGCCCUCAAAAAACACCAGCGCAUUCACACAGGAGAGAAACCGUAUUAUUGCUCAGACUGUGGAAAGAGUUUUACUCAACCAAGUAAUCUCCGACAACACCAGCGCAUUCACACAGGUGAGAAACCGUAUUGCUGCUCAGACUGUGGAAGGAGUUUUAAUCAUCAGAGUCAUCUCAAAAUACACCAGCGCAUUCACACAGGAGAGAAACCGUAUCACUGCUCAGACUGUGGGAAGAGUUUUACUCAGCAGAGUAAACUCAAAAUACACCAGCGCAUUCACACAGGAGAGAAACCGUAUCACUGCUCAGACUGUGGGAAGAGUUUUACUCAGCAGAGUAAACUCAAAAAACACCAGCGCAUUCACAUAGGAGAGAAAACUCCAUCUUAAAUUAGUUUCGAAGGUCUUUCGGACAGAACACCUUAUCCUACACAAAUGUUUCACUUUGUCAAUUGGGACACGUUCCACCAGAAUCAAACAUGAACUGAAUUUAACAAUGGAUUUUACAGGUUCAGCAAAAUGAAUCUUAUCCAGCGAUCAUGUUUAUUGAAUUCCAUGUUAAGUUUUCUUGAAUGUUUGAUAUUCUAGGACAUGCUUUGUGUGACAGAGCUCAGUUUUUAGGGUAGUUACGGUAGGAGUUCAGUUCUGAAGAAGGGAAAAAAAUGUAGUCUUUAAAAUUUUGAUGUCAUAGUUAGAGUAGGAUUCUUAGCUGGCAACUAAACGUUUAGGACCAAAUCUUCAGAGUUUAUGAUUUGAAUGCUUUUAAUCUCUUUUCUAGUAUAUGCAGAUUUUAUUAUUUCUAUUCAUUUCUAGUAUCUCUGUUUUUACUUUGUGGAAGCCAUCCUCAGUUCCCCAAGCUUAGCAUAGCUUAGAAUAAUUCUAUUAAUCGCUAGGCCCAUCUGUAUGAAAGAAGAAGUGAAAACACCACCUGAGGAACUCCAGAGAGGGCUCCCAAAAGUGAGACUCAAAGCCACAGAGAGGCGACACUGGGCUCGGGUACUGCCAUGUGGACCAGAGGAGCAUCCAGACUCUGCAGAGAGGCCAACAAAAUCCUUUUCAGAGGUUAAAUAAAACGCUCCAGCCGUAGUUCCCAUACUGAAAUCAACCCACUUCAGGCUUGUGUAGUGUAGUAAGGUUAUGGGCUCAUUCAUUCCCUCUGCUGGUGUUCUCAUUUGUCUGUGUUGUAUUACUCAAGUUUUAUACUCUCUUAUCUUUUCCUUAUUGAAUAUUAUAUGUUGCUUAAGGUUUUUUAAUCUCCAAAUUUACUAAGAAUAUCCAAUUAUAAUUAUAUAAAUAUAAUUGUUUUUAUCCAUUACAAACUAUUAUCUUUGUAUUGCUUCACCUCUAUAUUUACUCAUCUGUGUUUUAAUAAACGGCUUUUAUAAUGCA